AUGGCGACGGUCGACAAGCGGAUUCUGAUUCGGAUGGGCAAGGAGCUCACGGACCUGGAACAGACACCUCCGCUUGGCGUGGCUUGCUACCCCGUCAACGACAACAUUGUGCAUCUGCAAGCUGAAAUUGCCGGACCCGAGGACUCGCCAUAUCAUGGCGGCUCGUUCAGGAUUGACAUCCAUAUCCCCGAUAGGUAUCCGUUUGAGCCGCCAAGAUGCCAGUUUCUCACCCGCGUGUACCAUCCCAACAUCGACGAACAAGGACUCAUCUGUCUCGACAUUUUGAAGGGUCCACCAAAGGGGACCUGGCUGCCGUCCAUCAAUAUCACAACCAUGCUGAUCUCGUUACAGCUACUACUUGCACAACCAAACCCCGACGACCCUUUGUUGGUGGAUGUGGCGACCGAGUUCAAGGAGAACCGAGAGUUGUUCAAGUACAAGGCCAAGGAGUUCACCAAAAAGUACGCAACUGGAAUGCAGGAUACAAAGGAGGUCAUCUCAGGACCAGACGAAAAGACACGGAUUGUUGGGCUCAAGGAGCUGGAGUCGCUAUCUGAAGAGUCGGACAGCCCGUCAGCUACAUCACUGUCUCGUUCUUCCUCCUCUACAUCCUUGCGUGCACCUGCACCGGUCAUCGCUACGGCAUUAUGUUUGAAUACAAGAUCCUCGGUUCAAGCUACAGCACCAACAGAGAGGAUAUCACUCGCUAGGCCGACACACAGGAAACUGACGCUUUCACGCCGUCCCACCCCUUCGGUUGCGGCAUCGGUAGCAGCGGUGUUGUCGACCCCAUUCGUGGCUCCUCGGCGGAAAAUGAGUGCUGACCAAGGCGCUGUCGCAGAAUCACCCAAAGAUUCUCUGGCUACUCGAGAAGUAACUCCGGACAAGGUCAAGCAGGAUGAGUCAGCUCCAGCAACUCAUUUUGUCAGAGAGGAGACCAUACCAGAGCCAGCACAGCUCUCACAAAGCAAGUCAUUGCAUCAAAAAUCCAGCUACCCUUCGUUGCAGGACACUAUCCCCGCCACCAUCCCAGCCACCAGAACCUCUUCUCAGAUCGCAUCUCCAGGCGCCACCCAUACGACAGCUGCUUCACUCGAGACUGAGGCCAUCAAAAUGGACAGGAAGCGAGGGGCUGAAUCGAUCAAGAGCGAGGAAUCAACAACAAACUCUAAAGUCACAACGAAAAAGAUCAAGAGCGAGAAAAAGCUGACGUUGGGGAGAAAACCUCACAAGCGUCUCUCCAGUCCGGUCAAGGAGACUUCAAAAUACUUUCCAGGACCACCAUCGCCAUUACCGACUCCAAUUGAAACGACCAAGUCGACCCCCAAGGAAUCAGGAGUCAUCGAGGACGUGUCGCCACCUCAAGAGGUCUUGGCGCAAGAACCCGUGUUACAGCCAUCCCCAUCGCCCGACAUCUCUGGCACCGCUGAGGAUCUGUUACCCGUCUCGCCGUAUAGCAAAAACAAGGGCAAGAGUAAGGCUGUCGAUGAUGUCAAGAUGGUUGUGGACCCUCAGGAGACGGAUCAGAAGGAGUCGAAGAACAGGACGGCACAUAGGCGUCAGGGCCACGCAUUUUCGUUCAUAGACGACUUGUCACCUACGGUUACUACUACCGGCAGCACCGAAGCUCUCACUGUUGCCAAAAAGCGGAACCUACUGAAAAAAAAUAGAAAGUAG